AUGCAAGAGAUGAUCGCCGCCUUGCAGAAGAAAGCCGACGAGCAAGAGGCGCUGAACAGUACGCUGACAACCCAGUUGGAGACUCUGCGAGCCAUCCGACAACAGGAAGGCGGACCAGGAGGAAUUGCGAGAGCGAAGGGCAUCGGUCCGGUGGCGCUCACCUUAACGACCCCAAUCACAGCAGCGGGAGGAAGAGCAGCGACAGGAAGCAGAACAACCGAUCCACCUCCUCUUAACAAAUCAAACACAAACGACGGGUCUGGAGCGAUUAGAGAUGCACCAGCGAACGGAACGGGAGCUCACGCGACUCACCUCGCCGGCCAAUCCUUACAGUGA